UUGUUUAGGUGCACUUGAUGGUACAAUGAUUAGUGUAACUGUACCUUCUGAGGAUCGAUCUAGAUAUCGUACAAGGAAAGGUAACCUUGCAAUGAAUGUAUUGGGAGUGUGCUCACCUGAGAUGGAGUUUAUAUAUGUCCUACCUGGUUGGGAGGGAUCAGCACAUGAUGGUCGUAUUCUUCGAGAUGCUAUAUCUAGACCUAAUGGUUUGAAAGUGCCAAAAGGUUGUUAUUACUUAUGUGAUGGCGGCUAUACUAAUGGAGAGGGAUUCCUUGCACCAUAUAGAGGGCAUCUUUAUCAUCUUAGAGAGUGGAAUAAUGGUCCUCACCAACCUCAAAAUGCAGAGGAAUAUUUCAACAAAAAGCAUGCACAAGCUAGAAAUGUAAUUGAACGAUGCUUCGGCUUACUCAAGGGAAGAUGGGCAAUUCUUAGAAGUCCUUCUUGGUUUAGUUUACAAACACAUGGUCGCAUUGUGCUUGCAUGUGCUUUGUUACAUAACUUGGUAAAGAAAUACAUGCCCCCCUCAUUUGAUGAUGAUGAGUUAUAUGAAGAAAUCGAGAGUGAUGGUGAUGAUAGUGAUGGUGAUGAGGAACAAGAGGAGGUAGAGUAUAUAACCUCCAUUAAUGUAUCAGACCCUUGGACAAAUUGGAGAAAUUCAUUGGCUCAAAGCAUGUUCAACGAUUGGAGAGCUAGACACCGAAGGAUCUAGUUUAUGUUUUUCUUUGAUAUUUGGAACUUUUGGUGUGAACUUGUUUUAGUUUGUAUCAAUUAGGCUACUAUGUCAUGUUUAAAUUAACUUUUGUUUUAAUUUCUAUGAAUUGAAUUUACUCUUGUACUUCUUUUAGAAUCUUGGAUGGUAUUGAUUUUCGUUGAUAAUGAUGAGUUAGCAUUUUUGUUUUGUAUUGUGUUGUUUUAAUUAUGUAGCAGGAUGGAUGAAAGUAGUGCUAGUGGAGGUGGAAGAGGGAAAAACAAACGCUUUUGGACUGCGGAAGAAGAUAAAGCUCUUGUAGCUGCUUUGUUUGACUUAGCUUCUGACCCCCAUUGGAAAUGCGAUAAUGGCUUUAGGAAUGGUUACAUGACUCGCUUGGAAGAGGUCAUUGGCAAGGCUAUUCCUGGAUGUGGUUUGAAGGCUUUACCACACAUUGAUUCUAGGCUCAAAACACUUGUGACCAAGUUUAGAGCUAUUGUUCAAAUGUUAAACACGAGUGGGUUCAAAUGGGAUGAUGAGAGACACAUGAUUUCUGUGGAGAGGACGGUCUACGAUGAGUAUUGCAAGAUUCAUCCAAACUGCAAAAACUUGUAUGGACAUGCUUUUCCUCAUUUGAAUGCAAUGGUGGAGAUUUAUUGUAAGGAUUAUGCCAUUGGAAAACCGGCUGAGGGUUUUGUUGAUGCUAUUGGCAAUAUGGAAAAAACUGCUCCUGUGCAAGUUAUGGUUGAUUCAAGUGAUGAUGAUGAUGAUACUAUUGCUAGUGGUAAUGGAACUCAAACGGUUGAAUCUGCCCCUCCAUCAAAGAAAGUGAAAAGAGAAAACACUUCUAAGAGAAGUAAGAAAGAAAGUGAAAGUGGUGCUAGUUCUGAAUUAGCUAGCUUGCAAGCUUUUAUAAAAGACAUGAAUGUUCAUCUCUCCACCAUGGCUAAUGUGAUGUCCCGUGCGGAUGAACGUGAGCAACAAGUAGCUGAAAAGAGUGAAAAGGUGCUAGAUGAACUACUCUCUUUGGAAGGUGUAAGUCCUCAACAAGCUUUGGAAGUAGCUCAAAUCUUAACUGCACAACCACACAAGUUGUUGAUUUUUUUCAAGUGUCCAGAUACUUUGAAAGGCAUAUUUGUCAAAUGUCUUCUUGGUGGAAAUGAUGGCAAUGCAUAAGUCUAUGAAAGACUACUACUAAUUG